UAUUUCCUUCUCACAUUGGUGAGAAUUGUCGCGAGCUUAAGAGUUUCGUUUCGUGUAAAAUCCCAGUACCUGAAAUAGCAGGUGAAAUUUGAAGAUUGAAAGUCGUAAAGUUCUCUCGGUGACGUGAAAUCUGAACGUUAUCGGUGGAUUUAAAUUCGCGAAAACGGUUUAGCAAACAAGUUUGCGAAAAGAUUAAAUUUAUCAAGACACAAGUCGACUCGAGAUUGUUUUCUUUUUAUUUUGCGAGAAAAAAAGAAAGUGAAAGAAUUAAUAUUGUGAAGGUAAAAUGGCAUCAAAUACAUCUGCAAUGGAUGCAAAGGCUAUAGAAAAUUUUCAAGAAUAUCUUCGAAUUCCUAGCGUACAUCCGGAUGUUAAUUACAAAGGUUGUGUAGAAUUUUUUAAAAAACAAGCCGAAAGUAUGCAACUUCCGAUAAAGAUUUUCGAAGUACGUCCUAACAAACCAAUUGUAAUUGUCACCUGGGAGGGAACCGAACCAGAGAAGAAGUCAAUUCUAUUAAAUGGCCACAUGGACGUAGUUCCUGUUUUUCCUGAAGAUUGGAAAUAUUCGCCAUUCAGUGCUCACAUGGAUGAGAAUGGAGAUAUUUAUGCGCGAGGUUCGCAAGAUUGUAAAUGCGUUAGUAUUCAGCAUUUAGAGGCGAUUCGUCGCUUAAAAUUAAAUGGAAUACGUUUAAAGAGAACAAUUCACGUUUCUUUUGUUCCGGAUGAAGAAAUUGGAGGACAUCAGGGAAUGGGUGCAUUUACAAAAACAGAUGAUUUUCAAUCAAUGAAUAUUGGAUUUGCCUUGGAUGAGGGUAGUGCCUCUGAGAAUGAUGAAUUCUCACUAACUUACGGUGAACGAACAUUAUUUCGUAUUUGGAUUCAUUGUACCGGAACAACUGGACAUGCAUCUCUUCUACCAAAUGACACGGCUGGGGAAAAAUUACUUUUCAUUUUAGAACGUUUUCAAGAAUUUCGUGAAUCCGAGAAGGAGAAAUUGAAGAAUCCUGAUGUUAAAAUUGGAAAUGUGACGAGUAUGAAUUUAACGAUGAUCAAGGGUGGUGUGCAGAUUAAUGUUAUUCCCAAGGAAUUUUCAGUAGGAUUUGAUAUUCGUUUGGCUGCUGAUGUUGAUCAUGUAAAAUUUGAGCAGAUGAUUCAGAAUUGGUGCAAAGAUGCCGGUAAUGGUGUUUAUUAUACGACAGAACUUAAGGAACCUUAUGUAGAUAAUACAAAAAUGGACAGUUCUAAUAUUUUUUGGAUGGCAUUCAAAAAAGCGUCCGAUAAUUUAAAUAUAAAACUCGAUCCAAUGAUUCGUUUGGGAGCAUCAGAUUCACGUUUUCUUCGAAGUAUGGGCGUGCCAACUUUUGGUUUCACUCCAAUUAAUUAUACACCAAUUCGUAUGCAUGGUGAUAAUGAAUUUCUGAAUAAGGACAUUUUCUUAAAGGGGAUAGAAAUUUUCAUGAAUAUCAUAACGGAAAUAGCGAAUGUCUAAAAAGAUAUAUUUUUCUCUUGGAAAAAAUUUUUUAAAAAAAAUUGAUUAUUUUUACUGUAAAAUUAAAUCUACUUUCUUAUAAUUAAAUAUUAUGAUGUUCAAAUUCAAA